GGUGUGGGCGGGGCCUCCCGGCCGGCGCGAGCCCGGGGGACCUUGAGCUGCGCGGCGGCGGCGGCGGCAUGGGCUGGUGGCGGGGUCUGCUGCGCUCGGUGUGGGGCUCCCUGUCGAAGGAGGUGAGGGAGCACGUGGGCACGGACCACCUGGGGAACAAGUACUACUUCAUCGCCGAGUACAAGAACUGGAGAGGACAGACUAUUCGAGAGAAAAGAAUUAUAGAAGCAGCAAACAGAAAAGAGCUAGACUAUGAAGCAGGAGACAUCCCAACAGAGUGGGAAGAUGGAGGCACAAAGUACAAAGACUCCAAGGUCAUACUGCUGGAUCCCAACACUGCAUCCCUGGAAAGAGUGAUGCCACCGGCACCUAUGGGAUGUCAUAGCACAGUGCUUGUUUCACAGUGGACUCCGACAUUUUCAACAUUGAAGAAGCAGCAAAGAGGACCUGAGUUGGAGUUGGAGCACAGGGAAUUCAGCCCUGUCUCUACCACGUCUGUGUCUUCACCUAAGUCUUUGAACAUGUCUGGGCCCUGGAUAAGGGACAGAUUGAUAUUCAUCCCAACCUUAUUAACAUUUAGUGUGUUACAUUUAUGAUGUAACUGGGAACCAAGGAGAGUACUCUAACAAGCACAUUGCCUCAUUAGAAAGCAUCUUUGAGAAAAGUCAUCUAGGACCUCUGUGCCUGGAGGAGGGAGGGACAAAGCGUCAAAGUUUAAGGGUAGACGCAGUUGCUCAGGCUUAAGGAGUAUGGCUGCCAUCUUUUACCAAACAAGGUAAGGGGUCCUUGAAGGUCUCCAUCAAAGCACCUUGCAAUUACAUGUUUAUCAACUGCAUUUUGCAUUGUAUCUGCCCGGCCCAUUCAUCAUCACAUACCCAGAGCUGGACAUAGGGUCCAACAACUCUUUGCUAGAUAAAUGGAGGCUUCAAAUUAAAUAGAGGAAUGUAGUUAGACUUGGCAGAUACUGGUUAAAAAGUGGCAAGUCUUGGAUUUGAUGGAAAGAAACAUAAACCUUUGAGUACAAGACAAUGUAGUUGGAAGAGUCUGUUUUCUAUGCUGCAAAACAAAUUACUGCCACCUACUAAAAACAACACACUGUUUCUGUGGGUCAGAAAUCUAGGUACCGCUGAGCCAAGGCCCCUAUUCAUGAUUUUGUGGCUAGCAAGGAAAAUGACAGCUGAAGCUUCUGGUCUUCUAGGUGCAUGGAGAUUGUUGGCCAAAAUCAGCAACUGAAUUGAUAGAUGGGGGCCUCAGCCCCAGAAACUGUCUUCUGCAAAAGCAGGGUGUGUGUUUUCCAAGACAGACAGGAGUGUUCCCCUCUUGCUUUCGCCUCUUCUUUUAGAUAUGGUCUGUGCCCAGUGUCGAAAGGGUCCUCGGAGUAGGUCAGGCCCGGGUGCAAGUUGUCUCUCUUUUGAUUAGAUCACAGGCAGCUGAUUCGGGGUUUUCUAUCCGCUAAAUCCCUUCCCCUUGACAUCCUUCUGUUGGUUAGCAGCGAAUCUCAGGCUCCGCUCACUGUUGAGAAGUGAAGAUUUCCCAGAGGCUCGGCCACCGGGGAACCGCCCGGGUCUGCACGCCAGUCAGUCGGCUCAGGUGUUGUCAGGUGUGAGCAUCAGUGGAAGAUGAGAAGUCAAAUCUGACUUACGGGUUUGACAGUUGAUGAUGUGGGAGAGGGUACCUCGCUUAGACGGGGAAACAAAGGACAAAGACGGCGCUUAGGGGAAAAGAGGUUUAUUAUUAAUACUUUUUUGUUUUCAUUUCUGGGGAUCAAACUGGGUUUUCAUUCGCUAAGCAGGAACUCUACCAAUAAACCACAUGUCCUAGCUC